UAGGCAACAAGACCUGGUCUUGUCUCGAGUGAUUUGAUAAGCAGUUGAUAAUCAACUGUUCAUUAAGUGCUUGGGAUAUAUAAGCCACAAGGUUUUCAGCAUGCCUCUGCACUUGAAUGGUUUGACAGCUCCCUGUUCAGCAGCCCAGCAGUCACUGGAAGAUGUUAUUGACUGCAAAAAUACUUGUUUUUGCUCUGAAUGGUUUCCUAAGAGUGACAACAGGCUUGGACAUUGGAUUAUCCACGAAAUGCGUGGUGAUACCCAAGGAGAUGGGCAUGUGCCACCAGAUUGGAUACUCUGAAAUGAGACUUCCCAACCUGAUGGGACACACAAGCAUGGCAGAAGUUAUCCAAAAAUCCACCACCUGGCAGCACCUUGUAAACACAGACUGUCACCCUCAUGUGAGGACAUUCCUGUGCUCCCUGUUUGCACCCAUCUGUUUAGACACGUUCAUCCAUCCUUGUAGGAGUAUGUGUGUUGCUGUCCGAGACAGCUGUGCCCCCGUGCUCCUCUGCCAUGGACACCCCUGGCCUGCCAGCCUGGACUGUGACCGAUUCCCUGGAGAUGAGGACAUGUGCCUGGCACCUCUUACUAAGGAAUAUAAAUACCUGCACAAAGUCCUACCAAAGCCUACCUGCCAGACCUGUCCAGCAGUGGAGGAAUUCUUUACACACAAAAGAGUUCUUGAAGUUUUCUGUGACAGUAACUUUGCAGUGAAAGUAAAGCUGUCCAAGAAGAGAACAGCAUUCGAGGACCAAGAGUAUAACAUCGAAUGCCAGGUGGAAUUCAUUACCCAGGGCUCACUCUUACCCUAUGAAACUCAGAGUAUGAUACAACAGUGGCUGCUAAUUAAUGAAAAAUGUAUAGAGAGGAUGACUCCAACCCACCGUCCCACGGUGUAUCUCCUUGUGGGGAAUAUUGAAGAGGGCAUCAUUUUAGUAAAACAGGUUUAUCGCUGGCAGAGGAAGGACUCCCAGCUGACUUUGGCCACCCAGAAGUGGAGAUACCAUAAAUGCUUGUAA